UGACAGCAAGUUCGUGAGGUUAUGGUGCGUAAUAAUUUCUUAUCAUAAUGGUAGAAUCACAAAUAUCGCUUUAUUAUUUGCAAAAAAGAUACGUGAAUACACUGUGAAGUCAGAAAUCAUAGGACAGUCAGAGAUUGCGGGUGUUUUGAUUUCUUCCCGCUUCAGGCGUAUUGUUACUCAAAGAGCAUGCAUAGAUUAAUCACAGUAAAUUGCAUACAAUCAACUUCACCAUGUCGUAUACCAAUAACCAUCGUGCGCUAUUACAAGUGAUAAUGGAACGUGGAGCUGUGAGCACUGCCGACGCGAGAGAACUAAUUGUCAAGUUAUUUCAACAGAACGAAAGCACGCAGACAUACAUACAUCAAAUCAAUGUUAAACUGGAACCUUUGAACAUGACUAUAAAACUUGUAACCUGUGAACUGACAGGUCAUAAGUAUUGGAUUCUGAUCAGUACGUUGAUUGAUAAAACUGCGAGCUUCCAGAAUGAAUUUUCACCUGCACAGCUGGAACUGCUCAGAAAGAUUUUAUCUGAAAUAAUUACUUCGGACGAUGGUUGUGCUCCUAGCACUGCGUGCUUGAAUUUGUGCUCUUCUCUCGACACUCAAAUGUCAAAAGCAGAUGCCGAAGAUUUCUUGGCAAAGAUGGUCGAGAAAAAGUGGUUUGUGAAAGAGCAUGGUAAAUUUUACAUGGGUGUACGCAGCAUAGCAGAGUUGAUUCCGUACUUCAAAGCUAGUUACUCCGAAGAAGCUCUUAAAACCUGCGCUCUUUGCCGUCAAAUGGUCUUCCAUGGUGAACGCUGCAUUUGCUGUCACAACGUUUUACAUAUGCUUUGUUUUGCUAAUUGUGCGAGAGUCCAAAAUCCACCAAAGUGUCCCAGCUGCAACACUAUCAUGUCCACAGACAACAUUAACGAUUUUGAUGCAUACAAUGAUCAUGUGUUGGAUUUUCCGGAAAUGAGCGUAGAGACGGAAAAUAGUGAGAAAAGAACGACGAAUCCUACGAAAAAAAGGAAAUACAGCGCUAAGUAAUCAUUAUAUCCGCAGACCUAUGGUCUAAUCAAACCCUGUUCCUUGUGAACCUGCUGUUCGGUUCCGGCGUUCAGUAUAUGAUGUACCUUUACAAAAUAUAAAAAGUAAUAAAUCCUCGUAACGUAUGUA